AUGUCAAUCACAAUAAUUUUUUUAUUUGUGUUAGAAGUAACUGCGCAAAGUGAUAAAUCAAACUUAAGUUUUGUAGAAAAUUUGUAUGCUAAAAUGUCCAGUGCAUGUCGUGCUCUUUUGGACUUUCAGUUUAACUCAAUGACAAGCCAAAAUGGUAUAUUGAAGACUAUGAAGAUAAUUUAUCUGGAUGAUACUGGAAGCCAAAGCUUUUCCAUUGAUAAAGCGUUUAACGCACUAACUCAGCCUGGAAUGUUUGAUAUAACGAAACAAACAAAAAUAAUUAUUCAUGGAUUCAGAGACAGCUCACAAUCUUCGGUAUCAUUAGAUAUAGCCCAGGGCUAUUAUGAGAAAGAUAUGUUUAAUGUACUUCUGGUGGAUGCUGAGGAGAUGAUGAAUCAAAGAUAUAUUCUAUCUGUGCAUAAUGCUCGUCUUAUUGGGAAAAGACUGGCUAAUUUAUUAGCUAAUUUAGAAAAUUUUGGGGCAAGCGCUGACGAUUUUCACCUGCUUGGUAUAAGUUUAGGUGCGCACAUAGCAGGCUGGACUGGGAAAUAUUUUCAUAAAUAUAAAUCUCACUCCAUAGGCCGUAUAACUGGCUUAGAUCCUGCAGGUCCAUGUUUUUCUUAUGCUUUUCACGAUCAAAGAUUAGAUAAAAUGGAUGCUAAAUAUGUAGAUGUUAUGCAUUCAAAUAUGUUAGUACAAGGAGUUACCGAACCUUUGGGCCAUGCUGACUUUUAUAUUAAUGGAGGGGGUCCACAGCAACCAGGGUGCAUAAUGCCUUCUUGUAGUCACCUUCGGGCGGCUGAAGUUUAUGCAGAAAGUAUAAGAAUACCUAAAUCUUUUGUGGGUGUUCGUUGUCAAAGUUGGAAACAUUAUGAAGCUAAUGCAUGUAAAAGUAAGGAUUACGCCGUCAUGGGGUAUGGUUCCUCAACCUCGACACGCGGUCUUUAUUACCUGCGAACGUCGGACAGUCCCCCCUUCGGCCUUGGUAUGAAUGGAACGCAACAUAGAGUUCAAACGAACAAUAAUAAUAAU